AUGGAAGUAAUCAUUGAUCAAAUUACCUUGGAACGAAAACGUUGGCAUAAGAUUGGUGAUCCACUUGUCUUUAGUAUCUUCAAUAUCCGAGAUCAUAUAGAGAAAUCAUCGAGCAAUAUCAAUGGCACUUUCCUUCAUUCCCAACUUCUAAUUGAUCUUCUUCUUCGCCUAAAAUCAACUGAAGUCAAUCGAAAAGAAUUUAUCAAUUUGUGUAAGAAGGAAUAUGCUUAUAAUCAAAGUAUACGCCGUACGAUAGAUGACUUUGAACAAAAUUAUGAUGACGAAUUUGCUGUGUGGUGGUAUACACGAGAUACGUUUAUCUACAGACAAUUAAACAAAGCUCUUCGUAUAGAAAAUAUUGAUUGGCUCUUUCAUUUUCGUUUCUUCAUUCGUGCUAUCUAUAAUCUUCUCAAUGAAUUACAACAAGAACAACAAAACUCAUCAUCAAUCGAACAUGUCUAUCGGGGUCAACUGAUGUCAUCCAAUGAGAUCGUUCAACUGAAGAAUUCCAUUGGUGGAUUAAUCUCAUUUAAUUCGUUUCUUUCGACUAGCCGUGAUCGUAACCAUACAUUAUUUCUACUUGGUGAUCGUCCAGCAGUCUCUGGUGACUUACAUCCCAUUUUAUUCGAAAUUGAAGCCAACUAUCGACUGGUUAAUGUCAAUAAACCAUUUGCUGAUAUUACUUCAAUGAGUGCUUUUGCAGAUGGAGAACAAGAAACUCUCUUUAUGAUUGGAAGUGUAUUUCGUCUCGAACGUACUUUUAUGGAGGAUAAUGUUACAGUAUUUACGAUGAAUUUAUGUUCAGAAGAUGAUCAGGAUCUGAGAUUACUCUUCGAACAUAUGAAGAAUGAGAUUGGAAUUGGAAUAGAUGAUACUCUCUUAACACUUGGAACACUAUUGUGGAAAUCCGGACGAUUCGAACAGGCUGAACAAUUCUAUCGCCGCAUGCUCAACGAAUUAGCAUCGGAUGAUCAACUAGUACAAAAUUGUUAUCAAGGAUUAGGUUUCGUCGCUACAGCACAAGGUGAUUACGACACUAGUCUCAUGUGGCAGACGAAAAUUCUCGAAGAUUUCCAACACAAAUUACCAUCAAAUGAUUAUCGCAUUGGCUGUACAUGGAACACUAUUGGUAAUACUCAUUGGCGAGCUAAACGUUAUGACCUCGCACUCCACGCAUACAACACAGCAGUGCUAAUCUUUGGGCCACAUCAUGAUCGAGAUACGAUUGCAUGUUUAAACAAUAUGGGAAAUGUAUACGAAGAAACAGGUCAAUAUGAAAAAGCGCUUGAAUACCAUCUGAAAUCCAUUGAAAUUCGAGAAGGAAUUCUUCCUCCCAAUCAUCCUGAACUAGGUACAUCACAUCAUAAUAUCGCUAACGUAUAUCAUCGACUACACAAAUUCAAUAGUGCUCGUUCUCAUAUUAAACGAACUCUUCAUAUUUUCCAGAAGUCACUUCGAGCAAAUGAUCCGAGUAUCGCUGCUACCUAUCAAACAAUGGAUGCUCUUGAGUUUGAUGUCGGUGCUUAUUGA